AUGGAUGCCAAAGAUGUCUGUGUUGAAAUUGAAAACGAUGAGUUUUAUAGUAAAUUCUUAGACGAAACUAUAAAACCCAUCUCCGGUGAAACUAUCUCGGUUACGGAUCAAGUCACAAAACUCGCCUUGGGCAUUGAAAAACUAGGAAAAAGCCUUGAAAGACAAGUUUUGGCUAAACAUAAUGAUCUGUUAACCCAAGCCAGUCACAUAACAGACCUAGAAACUACGUUAGAAUCGGUACAAAACCAAGUGCAAAAUCUAUUGAAAGGUGCUGAAAAACUAAAAGAUCGCAUUCACAUUCCUUAUUAUGCCCUCGAAAAUCAAACUUUAAUGUUAGAAAGAGUUCAGACCACUUGUAAUUUGCUUAGACAUAGUGCUAAAAUAAUAUCUUUAUGGAAUAAACUUCAAAGUGUUGGGGAUUAUCCAGCAAAAGAGGCCAUUAUCCUUUUUGAACUUAAUGAGUUAAUUAGUGAUUAUGACUUCAAAGAUAUAAUUCUCUUAGAAGAGGUAUUAAAGAAAGUGGAGCAUAGAAGAAAAGAAUUACUAACAAAUUCCACAGCUGCCUUACAAUCCAGCCUCCUAAAUGGUGAUAAGGCUAAGUUACUUCAAUGUUUUAAAGUUUUCCAUAACUUACAAAGUACUGAUGAACAAAUAAAGGAUACUAUUCAAAGUAUACUAAAUGAAUUGCAAAGAGAAAUAGCAACUGCCUUAAAUGUGCAAAUGGUUUCAAUAGAAGUGAAAAAAUCUAGUUCUGGAAGAAUAGCCCCAGGAAAAGCAAAUAUUAUGAAUGCACAAGAUUUCAAAAUAAAACUGUGGGAUAACAUAGAGAAACUUUUUAAAGUAGAAAUCUAUAAUGGAUGCACUAAAGUAAUAAUGUUACAGAAUGCCAUAAAUGAAUUGCAUGCUAUUGGAAACUUUAGAAGUAUAACAAAAAACUUUUGGUCCAACUUAUUAAUAAUUUUUAGCACUGAGCUGGAGAAGAGCCCACAGAAUGUAAAUCAGUCAAUUGAGAUUGACUAUCCUAAACUGCUGAAAUGUUUCAAUGACUUGCUGUCAAAACUUAAAUGUAAAGAUUUGGAAAUGAACAGGUCCAGUAUGACAAAAUGGGAGAAUUCUUUCUUAUCAAAGUCGUUAGGAAAACUGCUGGAGCCUGUCAGGACUAUGUGGCAUCUGAGUCAAGUGCCCAGCAUGGACCAAAUAGAUAAUGCAGUCAGGGUAAUAGCUGAAGCACUCAGCAUUUCACUUGGUGACAAACAACUGAGUAUUAGUUUAGCAAAUAGUGUAGCCAAGUCUAUCAAGCAAAUGAAUAUGGAAGGUGAACAAAGAUUGUCCAUGGAUAGUGAUGUUGCUCAAAUUAUAGAAUCACCAACCAGUUCUCAACAGAAGAAUGCAGAUCUCUGCAACUCCUUAUAUUAUUUCUCAUCACAAAUCAAAAGAGUUCUUGUAAACAUGAACACCAUACUUCCACCAGAAAGUAUUCAAAUUGUGCAGAACAGCCUGAAAGACAUCACAAGUUUCCCAGUAUUGCAGUUAUUUGCUGAAUCUAUAAAGAAUUCCUUAUACAUCAUUCUGAUGACAAUGCAUGACGAACCUGAUUUAGUGAGAGCGGAUGAUCCAACAGGAAAGUCCUUAUCAUGUUCCCCUUACAUGAAAGAACUUCAACAGUUUGUAUCCAGAUGCAAGGAUAUUUACCUAUCCAUGUACCAAGAAAAGUCCGCUCUUAAUGAAUGCUGUCUGAACAUUGCUAUAGCUUGUAUAGAGAGAUUUACACAACAUGUCUGUAAUGCUAGACCUCUGAGUAAGUUUGGAAGAGUUAAACUUCAAAUUGACUGCAAGCAUUUGGAAACUGCCUUGUCACCUCUUGUGAAUGAUAUGUCCGAACUUGGAGAUCAUUACAGGCAUCUAAAGGCUUUACAUUUACUUUUAGAGAAAACACCCCAAGAGGUUGCCAAGAGCCAGUCAGAAGGUGCAUGUUUACCAUAUUCCUUUGUGAUGAUGUUCCUAUUUUCGCAUGCUGGCCCUCAACUGUUAGCACCUCACACUUGCGCUGGUUGGAACAUCCAAAAGCUUAUGCAGUGGCUUGACACCCAUAAAAACGAAAGGGAAAGACUGGAGUUUGUUGCUGGUGCCUUACAGAGGUACCAAAAUCAUGUGAGGCAAAACCAAAUCACCACAUAUGAUGAAGUUUAUCCAGUUUUAAUACAACUACUUGAAGAAGGUAGAAAGCACUUGAAGAAAUGA